AUGCUUUUUCAUUGGACAUAUGAAAACUCUCCUCUAUUAUUCUCCACAUGGGUAUUUAAUAGUCCAGGAGCCUAUGCUUUAACAUUAUUAAUUUGUUUUUCGAUUUGUUUAUUCAGUGAAUUUUGGUCCACCUAUCGUCAUGGCUUAAAUAGUACAAAUAGUUCAGAACAAGAAAGAUCAUUAUUAAUAAAUAAUCAUAAUAGUGGUAAAAAAAAUAGUAGUUUAAAAGAUUUAUAUAAUAAAUUUUUAAUUAGUCAUUUAUGGAAAACUAUUGUACAUAUGAUUGCAUUCAUUGUAAAUUAUACAAUAAUGUUAAUUUUUAUGUCAUUUAAUGGUGGAAUUUGUAUUUCAUGUGUUUUAGGUAUUGGUGUUGGUUUUUAUUUAUUUGGUCAAAAAAGAUUUUCAAAAUCUGUAGCAAUCAUUGAAGAUAUGUGUCAUUAA